CGCAGCUGCAUCGCGAGAAAAGAGUCCUGCAGAGCGAGCCACGCGGGAAAAAGAGAGAGAGAGAGAGAGACAGCGAGAAAUCGGUUUAACAACCUAUAUACGAAGGGGGGAAGGAAGGGGAAAUGCAGCGGCUCGCACAGUCGCGUCAGCGCGAUGAUAGCGCGCGUAACCGCGCCCUGUGUAUAUAUACAUUCAGGUUGAUAUUUACAUGUCCUUAUAGAAUAAACAAAAACUGGCGACGACGUGCCUUGAGAUACGAAGUGUCCUCCGCUUAUUCCAACGCGAUAUCGCUCUAUAUUUUGUAUACUAUAUACACUGCAAGCGAAUGCAAGUGGAAUGAAGUGGCGCGUCCUAACCUUACCUAACCUGUCGUUGUUGUCAUUUUCAAAACUGAAGCUUGCUGCCACUUGCUGACUCAGACGAGAAUUUCGUUGCACUUCCUCGUACACACGCCUCGAUUAGUCGGCGACGACGAUGCGCUGAGCGUAUACGCGCCUUUCAGGUGUGACACAGUGCAGUGCCAGGACAAGAUGAUGCUGAUGUGGAUACUGGCUUUUGGGUGGUUGGGCAUUGUGGCAGGGCAGCAGAGCAUAGGAUGCUUCAAGAGCACCUCUCUGGAACCCGACCUGCCUGUGCUUGUGGCCAAGAGGGUCAAUUCACCUGCCGAAUGCGUCAGGGAGUGCAAGGCUCGAUACUACGUCUUUUCUGGUUUGAUGAAUGGUCAUCAGUGCUACUGCGGCAGUCAGUACGGGAAAUUUGGUCCAUCUGACAGUUGCAAAACGCCGUGCAUUGAGGAUCCCUCUGUAUUUUGUGGAUCCGACGAAGCCAUCAACGUAUACUCUACUGGGCAAAAAGGACCCAGUCCUCCCAGAAGAGUGUCCAUCGACAAUUACAAGCAGGACUCGUUGGAAGUCAUUUGGCAACCUCCAGACAUACCCAAUGGAAAAAUAGUUUCUUAUACUUUGAAAGCUACUGCUUUAGAAUCAUCAGCAUCCUACCCACUGCCACCUAUAGAUUCAGAAGUGCAGGGUGAAUUUUCCAAUAAAACAACCAUACUGGGCUUGCAUCCUGGCACCAAGUACAAUAUCAGCAUCUUUGCAUCCAAUGCCCAGGGAUCCAGUGAUCCUGCUUACACGAUAGACUACACUCAGAUUGGCCCACCCAACAAGCCAAGCGCACCUAAGAUUCUAGACACGAGUGAGAAGACCAUCACCAUUGAGAUACCACAAGGCAGCAGUGAAAACGGACCUCUGAGUUACUACUACGUGGUUGUUGUACAACCUGGGACAGUUCCUCCUACUGGAAGCAACAUUACCUAUGAAAAUGUUGACAGAGCAGCCAGAGAAGGUUUAGGCUACUAUUUUACCGGAAAGUUUGAGGUUUCAAAUUAUGCCGAAUACAAACGCUUCGAGGUAGGCGAUGGAAGGAUGAUUGGCGGAUAUUAUAACGCUCCAUUGAACAAAGAGAACGGCCAACCCCAGAUCGGAGUCGCUCUCGAGUCUAGGGUUGGUCGAGAAGUGCAGUACGCCUAUUCAGACUUGACGACGGGUACCCACAAAAUACAAAUCCGCAAUAGCCAAGACAACACUGCCAGUGCCGCCAAUAUCAUACUCUGGGUUUUAAUCGUACUACUUGGCCUUUUGCUUUUGACGUCGGUGCUAAUUUUCGUGAUGCUACGCAAGAGAUUCCAAAACGUUCGCAUGAGACGUUUGCCGGAGCAGCAAGAGCUGACGCUCCAGGGACCAUUGUACGAGGUCGACAACAUGGGCUACAUUCCCGAGGAUGUGCCGGAAAGAGCCAAUCACUACCAAGACUUGAAGAGCAAAGUGUGGAGCAUACCGAGGAACUUUUUGAAUUUCGAUCCGAAUCCCGUUCGUCACGGUCGCUUCGGCAGCGUGCACAUGGGUACGGUUCAAAGAGACGCGAUUCCCGUUGCGGUGUCGGUUCAUAAGAUAUCGGACACGCUGCUGAAAGGUUCAGAGAAGAGGAAAAUGCUGCGCGAGCUGGACGUUUGCAUAAAAGCAGGAACUUCCAAGUAUCUGGCUAGUUUGGUGGGUAACUGCGAGACACCCGACACACUUUUUGUCGCGUUGGAGAUGCCACCACAGAGUCUCAAAAUGAGGCUUCUAGCCGCCAGAUCCGGAGAACACUUCCAUCACGAGCAAAUCCUGCGGAUCGCUGCCUGCGUGGCUGACGCUCUACGCCAUCUCGAGAGUCUCAAGAUCCUUCACACCCGCGUUUGCGCCAGAAGCGUUGGUCUCACCAACGACUGGUCGCCCAAACUGAUGGGACAUGGCAUAUCAAAAUACGCGCUGGAAGACGUAAAGUAUGCGCGCUGGACGGCGAUCGAGUGCUUCGACAAUCAGAAGAAACACAAUCCGGGAGUGGUAUGGGCAUUUGGUGUAUUGCUCUGGGAGAUGUUCAGCAUGGGUGGUACGCCUUACUCCAACUUGGAAAUGGAUAGCGACGUUGAGGAAGCCCUGACUCAGGGCUACAGACUCGAGCAACUCAGAGACGUACCCGACCCCAUCCACGAGGUCAUGAGCUCCUGCUGGCUCGUCGAUCCCGAAGAGAGACCCACCUUUGACGAGCUCGUCCGUCUGGAUACGCUGUCGAUGGUUCCCAUCACCUCGAUAACUGAACCGUACAGGCCGGAAUUGGAAUUAAACUGAAUUCACAUCUCUGCUUCCACACCAACAACUCAGUACUUAAGAAAAACUCAAGGCAAUCGUAUGAAACAGCUCUUCAAUAGCAUUUGCACUUUAUUUUAAGGUAUUCGUUUUUACGAAGGGCAAAACUUUGUCUUAGUUACCAAGUCAGAUUGUGACCCAAAUGAGAUAAGUUUUGCCACGAAUUUUUUUUUUUUAAACAUUUUAUACUUUUUUGUUUUUAUCGUGCAUCAACCUCAUUUUUGAGGUUUUAUAAUAUCAUCAUGGGGACUCUUUUAAAGGUCACCUUUUUAUUAAGAAAAUCGAAGAAUCUCAGCAAACGCGACGAAAGGAAACUUUCGAUGACGUUUCCGUCCAUUUUUAUACAAAUAACCUAUCGUAGGAAUUUUUUAUAGCAUAUUUAUGUUUGAUUUUUUAUUUUAAUUUUAAGUUUUACUGCAGAUCAAAUUUGAAGAAGAAAUAUUCAUAGACUGAUUUAUAUUUCGAAAGACGUACUGUUAGGCAAUGUUAUUCUUUUGGAUAACCAAAACUAUUCGUAGAUAUUAACGAUGCAUUUGUACAAUACGGCAGCUUCUGCUAUCUUUUUAAAAAUAUUCAAAAUAGCUACAAAUUUUUAUACUUGACAAUUAUCGACUAAUAAUGAUCACGUUUCCUAAUGAAGCAUCGACAGUAUUUUUCGCCAAUCGAGACUUUGCUGUUGAACUACAAUUUUAAACUUGAAGGGACAAAUAAUGAGUGAAAUCAAUGUGCAUUAAGAAAUAUAAUCUCUGUAUUUUAGAUCGAUUAGUAUCAUCGAUGCCUUAAUGAUCAUUAAAAACUUUCGGUGACUUUGUCACGCAAUUAUACAUAUACAUCCGACGGAGCCACGAAAGUACAAAAUAGAAAAAUAUCAGUGAUUUACAAUAGAUGAAUUAUUAUCAUAGAUCAAUCGUACCACAAUUCAUGCGCAGAACAAAUAGUACAAUUACAUUUGAGCUUUGGCGUUGGAUACAAAGAUCGAAAGAAGAACUGUCGUAGACACGCGUCAAGAAAGCCUUUGAAUUUGUAAAUAGAUCAAAGCACUUAUCAGAACCAAUGUAUUUUUACUCUCACAUGUGUAAAUAACGAUGUAAUCGUCGUUCACCUAUGGUGAAUUGAUACAAACUACUAAUGUGAAAUAUUUCUGUUUACACGUACAAUUAAUUAAUGCAUUAAAAUUUACAUUAUUAUUCGUAAAAA